UUGCGACUCUAUUGUACUCUAUGCUCCUCAUCUACCUAGUUUAGCGGCCCUUGAGGUAUCUUGUGAGUUUUUUUUUUUAUCAUUUCCUACUCUUCUUUUUUUACGUUGCAUUAACCACCGAGAGGUAUCUAAAUCACUAACUUCUGAGCGCAAGACUCAUUGCAGUAACUCAAGUCUAUUGUUUUAUGGGAUUACGAUCUAGUACAAUGGUGAAUAUGGAAGGACCUGUCGCAAAAUUUGUCAAAGAGCAAAUUCCAAAGGAAAAAGUUGUCAUCUUCUCAAAGAGCUACUGUCCGUACUGCAAAAUGGCCAAAGAGGUUUUUGAUAAAUUAUCACAGAAAUAUUAUGCCCUUGAACUGGACCAAAGAGAAGAUGGGGAAGAAAUUCAGGAUGUUCUAAAAGAAAUCACUGGAGCAAGGAGUGUACCACGAGUAUUCAUCAAUGGGAACUUUGUUGGCGGUGGCUCGGAUGUCAAAGCAUUGCAAGAAAAGGGCGAAUUAGUAAAACUCCUUCAAUGAAGAACAAAUACCGCUCUGGCAAAUACGCUGUCCUCAGUCCUCUGCACAGCUCUAAUUUCAUGAGCUGAAAAUGGUUCCUGCAAAUUACGAGCUCCUAAAUAACACACGUGUUUUUGAAUGGUCAAGCCACCAAGGAAACAUUGUAUUUAUAUUAUAAAUCUUGUAAAUUACUAGGCCCUUUUAAGCAUUCUUUUUUGUUAAUUUUCGUAUUCAUUUUUUUCUUUUUGAUUUCAGUUUUUUUUAUUUUUGGUUUAUCCAUGUCCACAAUAGUAAUACAGUUGAGGAAAUAAAUAUUUAA